GACUCUAGUGGGAUGGUAAAAGAGUGGCUUGAUACAAAACUAAUUUACAAUUUUUUUUUUUUUUUUAAAAAAAAGAACUAUUAGAAGGUUGUGCUCAUUAAACUCAUGGUAUUUUGUCUCCUAAAAUAAACAGAAAAUGUUUCUUAGACAUAAAAAUUGACAUCAGACAAAAUCCGAACACACGGAAAUUGAAUGUAUUUUAACAGUGUCGGGUAUACCGUAUCAGAAUUUUGUCUCCAAAUAUUGGUGUUGUAAUAUGAAUGUAUGAUUGCAUAAUCCUCAAUGAAACUUAACUCUAGAAUAAGAUCAAUAGGUGAAUGUGGAAAAAAUGUCUUCAACCAAAAUCAGAAAAUUGUUCAUCUAGGAAAACAAGGAAAAGUUGAAGAGGCCAAAAGGGUAUUCUCAAAUGUGAUCCACAAAAACCAUGCCACAUACAAUUCCAUGAUAUCCGUCUUUGCAAAAAAUGGUAGAGUUAGUGAUGCACGACAACUGUUUGAUAAAAUGUCUCACAGAAACCUUAUUUCUUGGAACACCAUGAUUGCUGGAUAUCUUCACAAUAACAUGGUUGAAGAAGCCAAUAAGUUGUUUGAUGUAAUGCCUGAAAGAGAUAAUUUUUCGUGGGCUUUGAUGAUAACUUGUUAUACGCGUAAAGGGAAGCUUGAAAAGGCUAGAGAAUUGUUUGAUUUGGUUCCUGAUAAGUUGGAUAGUGCUUGUUGGAAUGCGAUGAUUGCUGGUUAUGCAAAGAAGGGUCAGUUCAAUGAUGCUGAGAAAGUUUUUGAGCAGAUGCCGGUAAAGGAUUUGGUUUCUUAUAAUUCUAUGUUAGCUGGUUAUACGCAGAAUGGAAAAAUGGGUUUGGCUAUGCAAUUUUUUGAAAGGAUGGUUGAGAAAAACGAGGUUUCGUGGAAUUUGAUGGUGGCUGGGUUUGUUAAUAGUUGUGACCUGAAUUCUGCUUGGCAAUUGUUUGAAAAGAUUCCAAAUCCUAAUGCUGUUUCUUGGGUUACAAUGUUAUGCGGGUUUGCUAGACACGGAAAGAUUGUAGAGGCUAGGAAACUCUUUGACAGAAUGCCUUGUAAGAAUGUGGUUUCUUGGAAUGCGAUGAUUGCGGCCUAUGUCCAAGAUUUACAAAUUGAUGAAGCUGUUAAGCUGUUCACGGAAAUGCCAUUUAGAGAUUGUGUAUCGUGGACUACAAUAAUUAAUGGGUACGUUCGGGUUGGUAAGCUUGAUGAAGCACAGGAAGUUUACAAUCAGAUGCCUUACAAAGACAUAGCGGCAAAAACGGCAUUGAUGUCGGGAUUAAUACAGAAUGGAAGGAUAGAUGAGGCUAGUCAAGUUUUCGGUCAACUCGGUAAACGUGAUGCUAUUUGUUGGAACAGCAUGAUUGCAGGCUAUUGCCAGAGUGGAAGAAUGGUUGAAGCUCUCAAUCUAUUUAGACAAAUGCCCGUUAAGAAUGCUGUUUCGUGGAAUACUAUGAUUUCUGGAUAUGCUCAGGCAGGACAGAUGGAUAAAGCAUCAGAGAUCUUUGAGGCCAUAGGAGAGAGGAAUAUUGUUUCCUGGAAUUCUCUUAUUACAGGUUUCCUUCAAAAUAGUUUAUACUUGGAAGCUCUUAAGAGUUUGGUUUUGAUGGGGCAGGAAGGAAAGAAACCUGAUCAAUCAACUUUUGCAUGUACCUUAAGUGCAUGUGCUAACCUUGCUGCUUUGCAAGUAGGCAAGCAACUCCAUGAAUACAUCCUGAAAAGUGGUUAUAUAAACGAUUUAUUUGUUAGCAAUGCUCUGAUUGCCAUGUACGCAAAAUGCGGGCAAAUACAAAGUGCUGAACAAGUGUUUAAAGAUAUUGAAUGUGUUGAUCUUAUUUCUUGGAAUUCCUUGAUUUCAGGCUAUGCUUUGAAUGGAUAUGCAAAUGAGGCAUUUUGGGCCUUUGAACAGAUGUUAUCAGAGACAAUGGUUCCUGACGAGGUUACCUUUGUUGGGUUGUUGUCAGCUUGCAGUCAUGCCGGUUUAGCCGAUCAGGGUUUAGAUUUAUUUAAAUGCAUGAUUGAAGAUUUUUCUAUUGAACCCUUGGCUGAACACUACAGCUGUCUAGUUGACUUGCUUGGCCGUACAAGUAGGUUAGAAGAAGCCUUCAACAUAGUGAAGGGGAUGAAAGUGAAAGCAAAUGCUGGAUUGUGGGGUUCGCUGCUUGCGGCUUGUCGUGUACACAAGAACAUGGAACUUGGUGAAAUUGCUGCUGUGAGGCUUUUAGAACUCGAACCACAUAACGCCUCCAAUUAUAUUACUUUGUCGAACAUGCAUGCUGAGGCUGGAAGGUGGGAAGAGGUUGAAAGGUUAAGGGUGCUAAUGAGGGAGAGAAGAGCUGGAAAGCUACCUGGCUGCAGCUGGAUUGAAGUUCAAAAUCAGAUACAACAUUUUCUCUCGGAUGAUCCCGGGAAGCUGAGAACUGAAAAUAUCCAGAUUAUAUUGAAUACUUUAUCUGCACACAUGAGUGACAAGUGUAACAUAUCUGACAUGAAAUCAGUUCUUGACAUAUUAUGAUUGGAAGUACUCUCAGUCUGAUCUCAUCAUCUUAGCUUUAGAGUAACAUUGAAAAGAUAAAUUAAAUACCUUGCAAUUGCAUAUUUUUUGGGAUAAAUUCACACUUCAAAUGUUAGUGUGGUGUUACAGUAGAGGAGCAUAUAUCAAUGGAUAACCGUUACUUGACGUUCUUAUGUUGUCUAUGUAACCUGCAUAUAUCUUUGAUAUUCUGGCUGGUGUAAAUUUAUGUGUUGGUCUGACAUAAAGUUAUAUUAUACACAAUGCCAAUUACCAACCCUGCUAAACUGAUCUUUCUGCUUUGACUUCACUGACUCUUGAUAGAAGAAAGUCAAAUGACCGAUUCCCUCAGUUUGGCUAAAUUCCUAAACGAUAACUGGCGCCCAUGUAAAGGUUAUAUGCAGAUCCUCAGCAUUGCUUUUCAUUCAAGCUGUGCGAGAGAGCAUUGGACCAAGAAUUCUAGAGGACAUUACUUUAGAGGCCCUUCUCGGGUUCGGUUUGGUAGCAUGUUGCCAAGUUGACUUAUGUAGCUUGCCAAAGGUUACUUUUUUAAUUACCCUUCUCAAAAACUUCAAAAUGGGCUUCACUGUGGGCUCUUCAUUGAUGCCUUUAAGAUUGCUUGUUGACACUGUCUUUAAAAUCUAAAUGCAACUUCUCAAAGGUUCUGUUUAACUCAUUGCUCUCCAUAGUUGUUGGAGAGUCACUUGAACCGAUUCUUUCAAUUCUUUCCAUAGGUAGCUCAAAGAAAGCUGAGAGGUGGAAGCUUAGGUGCAAAAGAUCCUGCUCUCUCAUAGUCUUGUGCAUGAUUCAAGUUCAAACAAGAAGGCCCAAAAACAUUAAGAGGUAAAAAGGUGUGAGCAACCCUACAACUUGCAGAAAACGGCUCAUUAGCAUAUAUAAUGAGUUUUGAUUUAAUAAUAUGUAUAGACUUGAUUCAGAAUUUCUCUUUGAUAUAGUUUUAUAUAUUUCAGGCUUAGAGAUGAAUGGGUAGUGAUUCUAUUCUCUAAUUGUUUAGUGUGCUAAGGAAUGAAAAGGAAGUUAUCCAAGGAUUAAGUCCAUUCCUAGUUUAAUAAGAACUUUAUCAAAGUAAAGGAUAUGAUUUGGAUAGAUAAAAGUUACAUGGAUCUCAUUAUCAUUAUUUUCAUUUCAUUUUAAGGCGGAAAAAUAAGUUAGUUUAUUUUGUUGAAAACUGUAUAUCAUAUGAAUUUGUACAAAUUAUUAUGAAGUAUAUUUGUAAUUUUGGGCUCCUAUGGAAAAGUUUGUUUGUAACACGCA